ACACACACACGCACUCUCACACACACACAGUCCUGGGACAGCGAACGCGUGUUUCUGCUCUUCUCAUUCGCGUCUCUUCAUACUCGGGGAAAACACGAGCUAAAACUGAGCACUCGUCUCAUCUGCGACUGUUCCUACAAUGAAUGGAAGAAUCGUGAGUUUUUUUCUGACGUUUCUGACCGUUCUGGGUUCGUGCCGAUGUCUUACGAGGACAUACUAUCUCGGGAUUCGCGAGGUGGACUGGAAUUACGCAGCGAGUGGACAGAAUCUUAUCAAUGGCCAGAAAAUUGAUCAAGACCCGGACGCCUCCAUAUUUCUGAAAAGGGGUCUGACCCGGAUUGGUAGUGUGUACAAAAAAGCUGUCUAUAAACAGUACACAAGUGACACUUUCUCUACUGAGGUCCAUAAGCCAGAAUGGUUGGGAUUCCUUGGACCCGUGAUCCGUGCUGAAGUGGGUGAUGACAUUGUGGUACACGUGAAAAACUUUGCGUCUCGACGUUAUUCAGUCCAUCCUCAUGGAGUCUUCUAUGAGAAGGACUCUGAAGGUGCACUUUACCCGGACGGUACAUCUGGUCGCUUUAAGAAAGAUGAUGCUGUGGCUCCUGGUGAAAACUACACAUACUCUUGGAAGGUGACAGAAGAGUUCGCCCCUACCAAAUCUGACUCCAGCUGCCUCACCUGGAUCUACCACUCCCAUGUAGAAGCACCUAGAGACAUUGCAUCAGGACUUAUAGGGGUUCUGUUAACCUGCAAUAAGGGAGUUCUAGACAGCUCUGGAGUACAGCGCUCUGAUGUGGAUCAGGAGUUCUUCUUGAUGUUCAGCGUGGUAGAUGAAAAUUUAAGUUGGUAUCUUGAUGACAACAUUCGCAGGUUCAGCCCUGAUGCUGCUAAUCAUAAAGGAGAUGAAGAAUUUCAGGAGUCUAACCUCAUGCACUCAAUCAACGGUUAUGUUUUUGGUAACUUGCCGACACUGAAUGUGUGCAUUGGAAACACUGUUUCAUGGCACCUCUUUGGAAUUGGAAAUGAAGUAGAUAUUCAUUCUGCUUACUUCCACGGUCACACCCUGCUUGACCGGGGCCACCGUACCGAUGUGCUCAGCCUAUUUCCUGCCACUUUUGUUACUGCAAAAAUGGUUCCCAUGACAAUAGGAAAGUGGCUGUUAAGCUGCCAAGUUAAUGAUCACAUGAAAGCAGGUAUGCAGGGCUUCUACGAGGUGUCUGUGUGUGAGAAGGGUAAUGCUGCACCCACAGUACCUCCCGGCCAUGAAAGACAUUUCUACAUUGCUGCUGAGGAAGUGAUUUGGGAUUACAGCCCUUCUGGGAUUAAUAAAUUCACAGGUGAACCACUGGACAAGGAGGGAAGUUUUGCUGCAGAAUUCUUCGGUAAAGAGGCUGGCAGGCUUGGAGGGAAGUACUGGAAAGCCAAAUAUGUUGCUUACAGUGAUGACACAUUUACCACCAAGCAUGAGCAACAUGGCUCAGAACACCAUCUUGGAUUUCUGGGCCCAGUGAUUAGAGGUGAACCUGGAGAUGUCAUUGUGGUAACCUUUCGGAAUAUGGCAUUGAAAAACUUUAGCUUACAACCUCAUGGUCUGGCGUAUGAUAAAGUUUACGAAGGAGCCAUGUAUCAGGAUGGUUCUCAGAAAGCAGGUGCCAGUGUCGCACCAGGUCACACAUUUACAUAUCGAUGGCGGGUGACAGAAGGUCCUUCACCCAGUGACCCACCCUGUCUGUCAUACUUGUACUACUCUGCUACAGAUCCUGUCCAUGACACCAACUCUGGUUUGGUGGGACCGUUGCAGGUGUGCAAGAAAGGAGUUCUGGAUGAGAGUGGACGACAGCAAAUAGGGUCAGAGGUGCAGAAAGAGUUUUUUCUUCUCUUCACCGUGAUCGAUGAGAAUAAAAGCUGGUAUCUUCAAAAGAACAUGGAUAAGUUUGGUAGUGAUGAUUCAGACCCAGAUGAUCCAGUAUUUCAGGAGAGCAACAAAAUGCACUGUGUAAACGGCUACAUGUACGGGAACCUUCCUGCCCUCGACUUGUGUGAGGGGGACCAUGUCGUAUGGCACAUGCUUGGCUUGGGCACAGAGGUGGAUAUCCACGGUGUUUACUUCCAGGGAAACACGUUUCAGCGGGAAGGCAAUACACACGACACACUCAACCUGUUUCCUCACACCAGUGUCACUGUCUCCAUGGUACCAGACAACAACGGUGUUUUUGGGUUGAGCUGUCGUACAACCGAUCACUACCGUGGUGGCAUGCGUCAGCUGUACACAGUCAAGAGCUGCACACAGAGCCAGAAACCUAAAUCUGAGGUUACAACCUUCAAGCCUGAUGUAUAUAUCUAUUUGGCUGCUGAAGAAGUGGUGUGGAACUACGCCCCGAACCGGACAUGGGAGAUGAAGAAACAUAUGUCUAUUCUAAAUGAAAGCCCUGGAAACAUUUUCCUGAAUAAAUCUGAGAGCCGGAUUGGCCAGGAAUACAAAAAGGUGGUGUACCGCCAGUACACAGAUGACACCUUUACAACCAAGAAGCAUAGAGGCCCUGAUGAAGAGCAUCUAGGCAUUCUGGGUCCAAUUCUCAGGGUAGAGGUUGGUGAGAGGUUGCAAGUUGUGUUUAAGAACAAAGCCACAAGGCCAUAUUCAGUUCAUGCUCAUGGUGUGAAGCCCAAUGAGCAAAACCUUGCACCAGUUUCUCCUGAUAAGGUUAUGAGAUAUAACUGGACUAUCAGUUCAGGUCCUGGACGCACCGAUCCCAACUGUAUAACCUUCGCUUAUUAUUCAUCAGCUGAUUUCGUCAAGGAUUUGGCUAGUGGCCUAGUUGGACCAUUGGUUGUGUGUCGUAAAGGGACUCUAGACAAAGCCAGACGUCGUAAAGACGUGGAUAAAGAAUUCGCUCUGCUCUUUAUGGUCUUUGAUGAAAAUGAAUCUUGGUAUCUAGAGAACAAUAUGGAAACAUACCUGCACAAGAGCCAAGAACCUUUCGACAAAGAUGAUGAAGGAUUUAUGGAGAGUAACAUGAUGCAUGGCAUAAAUGGAAAGCUGUAUGCGAAUCUACUUGGCUUGAGGAUGCAGCAAGGAGAUAAGACUGAAUGGUACUUAAUGGGACUGGGAAAUGAGAUAGAUAUGCACACAGUGCACUUUCACGCUCAGAGCUUCAUAUACAAGACGGAUUACCCCCACAGAGCUGACGUGUAUGACUUGUUCCCCGGGACAUUUAAGACCGUGGAACUGGUAGCAGGAACUCCUGGGACGUGGCUCCUUCACUGCCAUGUGACAGACCACAUCCACGCUGGCAUGGAAACAACCUUCACCAUCGAUGCUAAAGUUUCAAACGACGGACCAAGUGGAAAUGGCUGUGCAAGUUUGCAGUGUUUUCCACGAAUGCUUCUAUUCGUCGUUCUGGCAUUCUGGCUCCAAUGACUCAGAUAAGGAGGCAAUUCAAGAGACCGGUCAGAAGUGAUUUCACUUGUAAUUAAGGUUUCCAUGGAAACAGGGUGGAAGAGAAGAAAGUACGCAAGUAAAUGCACUAAGUAACUCACAAAAAAGUGAGUGAGUAAACUUUUUUUUUUUAAUUUCAAAUCCCUAGUGUUGCACAUGUACAGUUUAUGCAUUACAUCUACACUUCUAAUGCUAUGAUCAAAUUUAUACAUCUUAUGUUACCCUCGUUGUUGAAAAGUGUUAAAAUGUGAAUACUUUUUUUUUGCUGCUCUCAAAACUGCGCCAUCUUGUUUUCUUCAGUAUUUUAGCACUAUAUAAAUGGAUAUAUGAAAUGUUCUAAUGAAUGAUUGCUAAAAUAAAACACACAUUAAGGAUUGUUUGGAGUGUUGAAGCAUGCUAGAAUAAUUAUAAUUAU